GCUGGCGUCUGGCGUCACUAGAGCGCGGGGACACGCUAUGGGGCGUCGCUCGGUGACGUGUUAGCCAUGGAGAGCCAGGAGGGUGUCUCCAAACAAAGCCUACGUGAACGGAUUUGGGACUACAUGGAAUCCCAUGAUAUAGCUGACUUUCCCCGACCCGUUCAUCACAGGAUCCCCAACUUCAAGGGUGCUUCUCGGGCUGCGGAGCAUUUCCCACACCUGCAUGCUUUCAGUGCGGCCAGAGUCAUUAAAGUCAACCCUGACGCUCCUCAGAGAAACGCCCGCUUCCUGGUGCUGGAGGAAAGGAGCAAAAAAACACUGCUGGUCCCAACACCACGACUGCGAACAGGGCUGUUUAACAGGAUCACACCACCCCCUGGAGCCACCAAAGACAUUCUGAGGAAAUGUGCCACCUCCCAGGGUGUGAGGAACUUCAGCGUCCCGGUGGGCUUGGAUUCCAGUGUCCUCGUGGAUCUAGUUGUGGUGGGAUCCGUUGCUGUGUCUGAGAAAGGAUGGCGAAUUGGGAAGGGAGAAGGCUAUGCUGAUCUUGAAUACGCCAUGAUGGUAUCAAUGGGAGCUGUCCACGAGGGGACACCAGUCAUCACAAUUGUCCACGACUGCCAGGUCGUAGACAUCCCUGAGGCUCUUCUGGAGGACCAUGACCUCACAGUUGACUACAUCCUCACUCCCACCAGGGUCAUCACUACAGGCUGUGCACGCCCAAAGCCAAUGGGCAUCCUGUGGUCCAAGGUCAGCUGUGAGAUGCUUACGAAAAUCCCAGUGCUCAGGAGCCUCCGGGAGCGAGAGAAACGGGCUGGGAAGGAUGUCACUCUCCGGGACGAGCCUGGCAGCCGGCAGCCAGCUCCAAGCACUGUCAGGAGACCCCAGGACAGACCACAAGCAGGUUCCCGAGGAGGGUCCUGUAAUCCCCUGCAGGGGACGGACACCCCACUAGCUGCCACUGUGUGCGUGGGAAACCUACCCUACAACAUUCGUGUGCGUGAGCUGAAGAGAGCCCUCCAGGAGCUGGGGGCAGUGCCCCUGAGGCUUACCUGGCAGGGGUCACAGCACAGGGCAGUUCUCCACUAUACAGACUCAGCUGCUGCCCAGCAGGCCGCCUCUCUCCUACAGGGCCUACGUCUGGGUGCCAACGCCUUGAGGGUGUCCCUGGGGCAGCAGAGGGAUACGUGACCUGGUGAGCAGCCCCUGGCAGAGGAGUCACGCCCUUUCUGCCACUGGGAUGUGUCUGCCGUGUGACAGUUUGUCAUCAGUGAUGACCGGCUGCCAUGUGAGGCACAGGCUCUGUUCCUCCUGGGAAGAGGCCACGCUUCCCUAAUGGGUAGGGAUGACGGUGAGCAGCCCAUCACAACAUCCAGGAUGCUGUGAGCUCUGGCCCAUUCCUGGUCUGGUUCUUGUGAAAUCCACGUGAGGUUCUCUGGGUGCAGAAGGUUCCGGGACAGAGCAGUCCGGACAAGAGGUAGACAACAGCGACCUGUUUCAGAGUGUUCGAGGAAGAGAGCAGAGGCCUGCAGAGAAGAGGCCGUCUUGGGCAUGUGACCAAGCAGGGUGUCCCUACGACCACUGGAGACCCACCCAGCAGAGCAGGAGUGGGGAGGGCGGGCUUCUGCAUCCAGAGAACACAAACCUGGAGCUCCAUUCCUGGAGACCCUGCAUUGCGUGCAUGCGUGAUGGCAUCUACCCAGGCUGCUAGCAUCAUGCCAUCCCUCAGGUGAGAGUGGCAGCUGCCUGUGCGCUUCCAGAAGCCCUUGCACCAUUGAUCCUAAGGAAAAGCAAGCAUUAGGUGGAGAGUUUGUCUGAUUCAAAUAUGCACGCCUGGGCAGUUUCUUGUUUUUACCAAUGGGUCUUCCACAGUAUCUGUUAGCAUUGUCCUUUGUCCCGGAGGGGCAGGCCUCACUCAUAUUAAAGGAAAAGAGUUUGUGACACACAUCUCCUUGCAGGACCCAGCCUUGGAAAACAACUAGUUCUGUAACCAGCGCUUCCAAGGAGUAACUGAGGGACGCAGACUCAGGCUGUGCUGGCCUCUGACCUGGCCUGCGCCCCCUCCCACUCCUGCCCACCACAGCCACUGGCCACCUCACCCUCACCUGCUCUGCCUUCCUCCGGUGUUCUGCCUGCAUUUGGGUCCUUGCCUUCUUACCAUUGAUGUCCCAGUGGGACAGCGCCUGCAGGUUAGCAGGACGGAGCUGUCUGUCCUUCCUGCUGCAGACCAUCGGGCAUGAGCAACUCAGGAAAUCCAUGUUAGGUGAGCUGGGGGCCUUCUGUCCCUUGUGGCCAGAAUAAUCCAGAUGUAUUUAUUGGCACACAGUCUAAGCUGCUUGUAUG